CUACCUCCCGAGUCUUGCUCUCACAGCCAGCACCGCAUCCCACGCUUUCCUGCGGGCCCGGCCGUAGCGAACCUCAGGGCCAGGCAGGGCCCUUCAGAGUCGCCUCAGCCGAAGGCUCCGCGGCCCCCGCCAGGCCGCACGGUUUCGGAGACGGCACAGUGCUGCAACUGGUAUUUAUGGGGACCCCAAUGCCGUCUCCCCAUCUCUGAUCCCCCGCCCCGCAGCCGAGCCGGCCACUGGGCGUUUCUCUGCCAGCCCGCUCAGGAACCGUCUCUUGCCGCCGUGAGGCACCGCAGGCCGCCACACGGCCAAGGCGCCUUCCCGAGUACCCCGGGGGCACCGCGCCGCCUCCCUCGGCCGUGCCUAUAUAGAGGCAGCGGCGGCACUGAGGUUCGCCUGGGCUGCGUGUUGUGGUGAGUGGUGGCGGCGCGCGGCCGCAGUGGCCUUGGUCUCUCCGUUGGCUGGCGGACGAGCGAAUCGGGCAGGCUCGGGCACUGGCUCGGCUCGGUGUGCAGCUGAGGGGAUCCAGGGCGUUUGAGGCUCGGAUUCACUUUGGAAGUAAGAGAGCAGUUGUCUGUCUCUAUCUACAGCCUGUUUUAAAGUGCUGGUGUUAUUAUAAAUAGGAACAAAAUAGGAAGGAAGGAGACAAGUACCUUGAUACCUGCCAGGAAACAGAAAGCUUCACUCUAUAGUAAUUGAUAAACAAGUGGGAAGCAUGAGGAUCAACUCUGCUGUUCAGGCUGCUAUUGAUCUCACAGCAGGAGCUGCAGGUGGGACAGCAUGUGUGGUGACCGGCCAGCCCUUUGACACAGCGAAGGUGAAGAUGCAGACAUUCCCUGACAUGUAUAAAGGCGUCGUUGACUGUUUUGUGAAAACCUACAAACAAGUCGGGUUGCGAGGCUUCUACAAUGGAACCACACCAGCGCUGGUAGCCAACAUUGCUGAGAACUCUGUUCUGUUCAUGUGCUAUGGAUUUUGCCAACAAAUUGUGAGAAGAAUUGUUGGAGUAGACAGGAAGACAAAGCUCAGUGAUUUGCAGAAUGCUGCUGCAGGCUCCUUCGCCUCUGCCUUUGCCACCCUUGUCCUCUGUCCAACAGAGCUGGUGAAGUGCCGGCUGCAGGCCAUGCAUGAGAUGGAGUUGUCAGGAAAGAUAAUUCAGGGACACAAUACAGUUUGGUCAGUAGUGAAGGGUGUCAUUCAAAAAGAUGGUCCCCUUGGAUUUUAUCGUGGCUGGUCAAGCACUUUGCUGCGGGAAGUCCCAGGCUAUUUCUUCUUCUUUGGAGGGUAUGAACUGAGCCGGACAUUUUUUGCUUCUGGAAGACCAAAAGAAGAAUUAGGUCCCAUUCCUCUGCUAAUAAGUGGAGGUUUUGGAGGCAGCUGUCUGUGGCUUGCUGUGUAUCCUGUGGACUGUGUCAAAUCUAGAAUUCAGGUUCUUUCAAUGGCUGGAAAACAGAUGGGCUUUAUAGGAACAUUUGCAACUGUUGUGAGAACUGAAGGUGUACUUGCCUUGUAUUCUGGACUGAGAGCCUCACUAUGA